UGUGUCGAAUAGAAGAGAGUUGUCUUUAGAAACAUCUUGUUUCCCUCCGAGAGACCAAUGUAAAUGGCCCCCCCCAUUCAAGCUCGUAUUUGCCCGAAUGCUUGAUUCUUUUGCUGUUCUACCUUUCCCUCUCUCGGAUAUAGCGUCCAAUUCCCCGACGGGUCAAUCGGUCUAUAAAGUACUAUACAGUACAGUACAGACUAUCAUUACCCCAACCACUUUUCUUCUUCAUCUGCCCUCUUCAUCCAUGAUCCAGGUAGAGAGCAAAGGAAGAACAGGCGGUAGAUGGGGCAAAGGAAAAUAUGACUGUCAUGGGAUCGGAGGUCCGAUGUAUGAUGCAUGGUCUGGGCAAUUUGUGGAGUUUUUUUUUUUUGACUCAGCGCAAGUCUUACUAAUAAAUGCUUUCUUCCGCUGGUGCCCCAGACCAGACAGACCCUCAGACAGACACUCAGACACUCAGCCAGAGAGAAACACAAACCAAGACUCCUCGUCUCUUCGACUCUUACCUACUCUUACUCUUUCUCUUCCUACAUACCCAUACGUACACAGACUCUCCCUCUGUCCCUUUCUUUCUUGGCUUUCGACCUAUCUUCCACCGCAAACAAGCCAGUGCCUGCGGUUUCGUGACGUGUCGAUCUUCCUUUCACUCUCUCGGCGAACGAUCCUCGCGCUGCUCUCUGCUCUCUGCUCUCGGUCCCUCCCUCCGUCCCUCCUCCCUCCCACUUCGUGGUGCCUUCCAUGACCCUGUGAGACGCCAAUUCCACACCCUCGUGGACGUGCGAUCGUUCAUCGGCUCGCCACGCGGGUCGCCGUCCCCUUGCUGAUCGGAACAGUUCCUUCCUCGUUAUCACUUCCG